UCUGCUCUCUGUCUGCCUGCCUCGUCCCAUUGUUCAUCCUAUGCUGUGGGCACUGGAAAGAAACCAUACUUCCCAGAAUGAAUCUCUUCUGCUUCUCUCUGGAGGGCUCGAUGGACAGCCUGUACGAGGCCGUGCAGGAGUCCUGUGAGGCUCAGGUGUACACCAUCCCCAGCAGGUCCCACAGUCCAGCUGUUCUCUUAGAUGACACCACCAACUGGAAGAGUGCAGGGCGUUCCAUCUCCAUGGAAAUUUCUCAAAUCAAUUCAGACAACACUAGAAAAAAGAAACAAAGGUCACUACCAAAGUCUGUUUCUGAAAAUGAUGCUUUAGAUAAUACCAUCUGCACUAAUUCUGGCUGGCCGGCUGCCAAGAAGCAGGAAGAUUUAGUCCUCCUGAGGAACCACCAGAAUGAAGAUAAAGUGAGAGCUGAAAGAAGAGCUGAAAGCCAGAAAAUAACAGACAGAAAGACCAAUUCAAGAAACAUACAGCAAGAGAUGCCUGUCCAGAUUGUCUAUUAUGAGGGGUGUGAUCCAAACCAGCUAAGCAGCAGACAGAAUGACUCGCCUGAGACAGAGAAUGCAGAGAUGACAAGAGGGACAAGGGUGAAAAAAGUAGAGAGGAAAAGCAGUCAAAGAGGAACUCCAACACAAGAGACAACAGCUCAAAUCAAAGGUGCCAAAGGAAUGAAGCAUGACAUUGGGCAACCGUCACAUAAACAGGAGACUUACUGUAUUUCUGCUGACGGGUCAAGGGUCAUGGAGAAAGCCCGCUCUAGGCAUCGCUGGAGUAACCCCACUGAAACAUCUGUAAAUUGGUUCCAAGCCUACAACACCUGUCAACCUCCCCACAAUGAACAUCAUGUCCCCACCUGUGACUGCGCUACAUCCAGAAUCCCAAGUCAAGGAGAUAAAGUCAACGUUCGAAACAUAAAGAGAGACUCCUUGCCCAAAGGAGUGGUGCGUUCCACAACCAGUGUGGAUUUCUGUGCCCCCAAUCGAUCCACCAGUUUUGGGAGAUUUGACACGUUCAGAAAUCAACACUCCCCUUCCAAACUUGAGGAAAAUGGAACACCUGAGGCAGAGGGUGAAUCGGCAGCAGAGAACUGUGAGAAACCAGGAAGUCUGGGAAAAAAGAUGAAGGCCAUCUCGAUGACUAUGCGUAAAAGGAUGGGCAAGAAACACGUCAAAUCCUACUCUGAGGACAUGGGUGAUGACAAUGAAGGAGAAACGGAGAAUGGGACUCCAGCAGAGAAGAGCUCAGACCGCACCAGCAACUCAUUAGAAAGCCUCUACAGUGGACAGAGCUCGUCCAGCUCAGGUGGUGUGACCAGCAAUUCAGAUGUAUCCAGUAACAGAGACAGCCUGAAACUGGAGGAGGAAAUGCCCUACACGGGACAGUUCUGUGGACGAGCAAAAGUUCAUACAGACUUUGUCCCCAGCCCAUAUGAUACAGACUCACUCAAACUGAAGGUGGGAGACAUCAUCAGCAUCAUAAGUAAACCACCUAUGGGCAUAUGGACUGGAAUGCUCAAUAAUAAAGUGGGAAAUUUCAAGUUUAUUUAUGUGGAUGUUUUGCCCGAGAAAGAGAAGGAGGAAGAGGAUGAGGCCCCGGAAAUAAGACCUGUGAAAGUAUGCAAGAAUCCACGACCAAAUACACUUCUGGAGUUAUUAGAGAGACUGCAUUUAGAGGAAUAUGCAUCUUCAUUACUCUUGAAUGGCUACCAGACAGUAGAUGACCUCAAACAUCUGAAAGAGAGGCAUUUGAUUGAGCUGAAUGUGACUGAUCCAGAACACAGACACAAGUUGCUUGCUGCUUCAGACUGCCUCUAUGUCACAAGCAAAGAUGGAGAGGGAGAGAUGAAGGGCGAUGAAGAGGAAGACAAAGAUAAUGACUGUCCCAGAGACUCGGGUUGUUUUAUUCCAGCAGAGUGUCCUGACAGUUGAGGGGCACUCACUAGUUAUUAACUAAUGUCUCUCUAUACUGAUAUAAUUAUUGGUAAACUACAAACAGAACUAUGUUUUCUUUUGUUAUAAUAUGUGUUAGUCUUUCAUUUAGAUACUUGUGCUUUGUAUUUACACAUUUUUGUUCAGCUUUGUGUUGAUGUAACCUUUUUCUGUUCAAUGUAGAUGUCAUUUGAACUUUCGUGCCAUGCACCAUACUUGUGUGUGAGGAACUUUUACAAAUGUUUAUCAUGACUGAUUUGUAUAUAAUAUUAUAAAAUGAUAAAAAAUAAAUUAUUUAUUCUGCA